CUUCCUUGCUCCUACUAAUUGAUGAGCUCUUAAUAAGCUUGACAGAAGCUAACUAUAGCACCCCCAGCUACAAAGCUUCUCUCUCUCUCUCUCUCUCUCUCUCUCUUUCUCUCUCUCAGCUGGGUAUAUAUUAUAUGCAUGAGCUUUAAUUCACGUUACAUAUAUAUACUCACAAGUCACAAAACUCCUUCUCACAGAUGUGUGUGUGUUUGUUUGGGAGCAUUAAAUCUCUCCUUUUUUGGGUUCACCUCAGAAAGGUGUUCUGUAUCUAUACCUCUUUUCUUCAUAUAUUUCAGCUGUUGGGUUUCUGAAAAAAGGUAAAGUCGCAGCUUUUUCAUUCCAAAAUGGUGCUGUUGCUGGCUUGAGCUCGAGCUUCACCAACUUUCAACUCUAUUUUUAAUUCUGGUGAAAUUUUACCCUGUUGCUAUAAAUUGAAGGGCUUGCCAGGCUCUAUGUGAACAGUAUUCAGGAUAAGCGGAUGAAGAUGAUGGGGCCCUUUUAAGGAAUGAAAUUUGAGCUGACGAGUUUGCCAACUAACAUCAUAAUGAUCACAUGUCUGGAGUACAUCUCUUUUCCAACAUAUUCAAUUUUGAGACUUUGGUACCAAUAACAGCUUACUUUACUUCUUCAGUGAAAGUAAAACAAUCCAAGUUGAAUAUUUGUUUAGUUUUUCAUAUGCAUACAAAUUCCAAACCCUGUAGACCUUGAUUUGUUUGAUACUUCUUGUUCUGUGUUCUCUCUCUCUCUCUCUCGCUCUCUGAUGAAACAUACUUGAUCUAAAACAAUACAUAUACAGAUUCUGGUCCCUUUUUUUCCCCAGGAAUCAUUUUAGAAGGGCAUCUCUCAGUAUCAUAAAAACAGUACCUGUCAAAUAGUUUUGAUAGAAAGAAAACACAAGCAGAAAAAAUGAAGUUCAUGAAAAUUGGGACCAGGCCUGACACCUUCUACACAGAAGAAGCUGUGAGGACUUUAAUCUCAGAUAUACCAAGUGACCUUUCUAUACAGAUUAACAAUAUCAGCUAUCUUCUCCACAAGUUGCAGUUUGCACUUCUUCCGAGGUGUGGUCUCUUGCAACGGCUUUGCUCCAGCUCUGAUGAAUCAGAAGAUACCAAGAUAGAGCUUCAUGACAUUCCUGGAGGAGAAGAUGCUUUUGAAUUAUGUGCUAAGUUCUGUUAUGGAAUCACAAUCAAUCUCAGUGCUCACAACUUUGUACCUGCCUUCUGUGCUGCUAAGUUCCUUAGAAUGACUGAAUCUGUAGAGAAAGGAAACUUUAUUCUGAAGCUUGAGGCUUUCUUCAAUUCUUGUAUUCUUGAAGGCUGGAAGGACUCCAUUGUCGCACUACAGACCACAGUGAAGUUACCUGAGUGGUCUGAAAAUCUUGGAAUUAUCAGAAAGUGUAUCGAUUCAAUUGUCGAGAAAAUCCUUACGCCUCCUGCUAAGGUCAGUUGGUCCUACACUUAUACCAGACCAGGUUACAACAAAAAACAGCAUUCUGUCCCUAAGGAUUGGUGGACAGAAGACAUAUCUGACCUUGAUAUAGACAUGUUUCGAUGUAUAAUUACCGCGAUUAGAACGAUAAACAUCCUGCCAUCGCAGCUUAUUGGUGAAGCUUUGCACGUCUAUGCCCGUCGGUGGUUACCAGAUACCACAAAGAUUAAGCCUCCAGAGAGUUCAGUGUCCCAUGCUGAAGAAUCAGAUGAAAGGAGUAGAAGAAUUCUUGAAACCAUCGUGAGUAUGAUCCCUGCAGAUAAAGGAUCAGUUUCUGUUGGUUUCUUGAUGAGGCUUGUUAGCACUGCAAACUAUCUAGGAGCCUCUCCAGUGACAAAGACAGAAUUGUUAAGGAAAUGUAGUCUACAACUUGAGGAGGCAGCAGUAGAAGACUUGCUUUUUCCUUCACAAUCAUCCCUUAACCAACAUUAUUACGACAUUGACCUGGUUUCAGCAGUGGUAGAAAGUUUCUUGGUGAUAUGCAGAAGACAACCUCCUGCCACUGUAGAAAGCAGCCAAUUUCUUAGAUCUCUAAGAAAAGUUGGGAAACUCAUUGAUUCUUAUCUUCAAGUUGUUGCCAGAGAUGCCAAUAUGCCAUUAUUGAAAGUAGUUUCUCUGGCUGAAACUAUCCCAGAUAUUUCCAGGGAAAACCAUGACGAAAUCUACAAGGCAAUUAACAUUUAUCUAAAGGAGCACCCUGACUUGAACAAAGCAGAGAAAAAACGACUGUGCCGGAUCUUGGAUUGCCAAAAGUUGUCCCCAGAGGUAAGAUCCCAUGCUGUGAAAAACGAGAGGCUGCCGCUGAGAACCGUGGUGCAACUCCUCUACUUCGAACAAGAGAGAGGUUCUACGGCAGCAAACGACAUUAAUAAACUCUCAUUCCAGGAGCUGAUUCCCAGAGGGAAAACGACACCAACUCCCCGAAAUGAUCAGGUUAGUAAGCUCAAGCUUGGUACAGAUGAUAACAAGUCCACUAAAGGAGACAGCACCGCUAGAAGCACAACUGUAUCAGAAAUUGGUGAAAAAGAUCAUCACCAUCAUCAUCACCAACAUCACCAGAGAAUGAAAAGAGGAGAUGGGAAGUUGCCUUUGGAAAUGGAAAGAAAGGCGAACAAAGGAGAAAUCGAAGAAGUUGAAGCUUCAGCCAAAAAGAUGAACCAAAAGGGUAAUAGUAGACCAUCAGAGCAUGGCCGAGACAGAGGCAGAGACAGAUAGUAAAUACAAUAAUUAUAUAUUUUUCAUAAAUAUGAAAGACCCUCAUUUGUUUUCGCAGUAUGGAAGCCAUUGUUGUAAUUUUGUGUCAUUUACAUUAGAAGAAAAUGCUCUAGUAUGUGUAAACAAGUUUAUUAAGUUUCAGGUCCCUUUACUUAGCACCUCGCAGUUUUCGUUUGUAAAGGGCUUAUUCUAUUCAUAUUAUUUAUCUUGGUGUCAUAAGCAAUA